AUGCAGCAGCUUCUGCUUCUGCUCCUGCUCCUGGUACCCUUCUUUCUACCCCUCAGGACAAGGGCAGGGGAGAUCGUCGGGGGACAUGAAGCCAAGCCCCACUCCUGGCCCUACAUGGCCUUCCUUCGUCUCACAAAUAUUACUCAUGUAUGGAGGUGUGGUGGCUUCCUGAUACAUGAAAAGUUUGUGCUGACAGCUGCUCACUGUAUGGAAAGACCUUUGCACUCACAAGGUCGAGAAAUAAUCAUUAAACUAGGGGCCCACAACAUCAAGCAGCAGGAGGAGACUCAGCAGGUCAUACGUGUGCAAAUAAACAUCCCACAUCCACAGUACAACCCUGAAAAAAUCACCAAUGACAUCAUGCUGCUUCAGCUGGAGGAAAAGGCCAAUCUAACUAAAGAGGUGCAGAUUCUGGAGCUUCCCAAGGGAAAAUCUCAAGUGAAGCCAGGUGCAAUAUGCCAGGUGGCUGGUUGGGGACGGUUGGCCCCCAAGAGAAAACUUCCAAAAACACUGCGGGAGGUGAAGAUAACAGUGCAACAAGAUGAGGAGUGUAAGAAACACUUUCUCAUUUAUGACAGUGCUACUCAGAUCUGUGCUGGGGACCCCAAAAUUAAAAAAUUCCCCUUUAAGGGUGACUCUGGAGGCCCCCUCAUGUGUGGAAAUGUGGUUCAGGCCAUGGUCUGCUAUGGAAUAAACACUGGCAAUCCUCCAGGUGUCUACACCAAGCUCUCACCUUAUCUAGACUGGAUAGAGAAAACCAUUAAGCACAUCUUACGGCAGGAAACAAACAAUGCGACCUCUCUGAGCAGUCAUCUUUCCUGGGCCAGAGCUUAG